AUGGCUCUCGAGGCCCCUCUGCGAUCCUCAACUGGAAACUUGCGCUUCCCAUUCGGCUCGUUCGCAGACAUGUCCGCUUCAGACAAUGAGGGCUUCCGCCCCUCGAGAGUAGUUUCCUCCCCUCCACCUUCUACCGACUCUUCUACCCUUCGCCCAAGCUCCGUCAACAGAAUCUCCUCCAAUUCGAUGCACCUCUUAAGUCCAAGCGACAUUGUCGGCCCAUCACCGGUGACAUCGAACGGCACAGAGAUAACAGAGAUUGAGGACGAAGCGUCGGAAGAUCUACAUUACGAGCACACAAGUGAAGGGGAAAGGGGACUGGACCAACCCCGUUCAGAGAUUCUGAUGCUCAAUACCUUUCUUCCAGACGCCGCAAGACAGCCCAGUGAAGAAGCGGUCUCUGUGAUUCACGCCCCCGAGAGCUUCGCCAGCUGGAAAUCUUCUGAAGCGUCCUCUCAAUCGAGCCAGUCUAACAGCAGAGGCUCCCCCAAGGCCAACGAGGAAGCAUUGGCAGUCCUCAAUGGGAGCCCGCCAGAUCGCAAGGAGCAGCCGUCCAGACCCAUACUCUCCACGGACGUCAAGCCUGUCAGAUACAGUAUUGACAGUGCCACGCCCCGAGCUCAGGAUCUGCAAGAUAUGAUGGAAGAGAACCAACGGCUGCGCUCAAGUAGCACUAGCAGUCUUGAGAAAAUCGAUGAACAAACAGAGGCUGAAGGUGACGACGACGAUGAUUAUUCUGUUCACAAACUGCAUUAUGCUCCAGAAAACCCUGAGGUUGCUGCAUUGCGGACAGCUCUUCAAGAAUGUUGGACCUUGUGCAACACCUUGGCAACUCUAAGCUCCAUUCAUCGGACUAGGGUGUUCAAUAGCUCUGGUACUCCCGAUGCACACGAGAGGGCAUGGAGGACCUGUUGGAAACUGUGCCAGCGACUCUACGACUAUAAAGAUGGCGAAUCAGAAUCUUUAAACGUCAGAAUUAGCCUUGAUUUAUGUCGCGAUUUCUGCCAAGCCCUUUUUGAUGUCAGACAGCGAAAAGAUGAGGCAGCUGACUCCGUGCUGCGAGUGAGCUUCGAGCUGAAUAACCACCUCUAUAGCGCUCAGGAUAGCCAGCACCUUCCAGAGGUCUUCCGGGAGAGGACUCUGGACUUCUACAUCACCCUUUGCCAUCGUUUAAUGAGACAAAGAGGCGAUACGGAAGACGAAACGGACCAGCUGCUGCGCGCAUGUUGGGGUCUUGCCGAGAUGCUAUUCAAUUUACGACAGAACAGCCGUGAAGGUCGGCCGCCUGACGAGGAACUGCUAUCCUCCGCCGUACAGGCCUGUUGGGACCUCAUGGAAAUUUUCCGUCACGGCUGGACACAAGUUCAUCCUGACCGAAACACUCCUCGCCCUACACAAACGAAUUUCUUCGCUCACCAGCCAGUCGAUCAAAGCGGCCGUGAGAGCCGAACAUCCGUCCGUUCAGCUCAUUCAAAACGUGAGAGCGUAAAGAGUGCUCGCCAAGAUAAUCGUGAGCGUGAGCGUGAGCAGGAGCGAGAAAAAGAACGGGAACGUGAGCGAGAGAGGGAACGUCAAAGGAACACUCUUCCGGCUUUUAUUCCUGAGACUCCAGUGACUGAGUUCGAAGAUACCCCAGUUUCGCCUGAGAGCAGAUCACCUCAAAUGCCUAACAUCAUGGUCUUGGGCACUUCUAGCGACAGUGGCCGCGCUGGAAGAUGGUCAAGCAAUGCUUCGAAUUUGUCGAGUUACUCCCACGGAAGUACCAGAACUUCUAGCACAGCUACAACUACUGCCACAGCCGAAGAUCCCAACAUUGCUCGCGCCAAGGUGUUGGUCCUUCGUGCGGCAAUGAAUCUUGGCUUUAACCGUGACUCCGUCGUCGACCCCAAGUCAGGCUCUCUGGUCUUACAGAAGUUUGUCGAUAGCCUACCAACUGGUGCCUUCGGGCCCCUCUCUAGCCACACAACCCUCCUACAACAAUACAAGAACUCGGUCCUCACUGACACCAUCAUCCCGCGACAUCAUCCCCUACCUCCUCGAGGCAAGCGUGUCUCUGCCUAUGAUAUGGCCAAAGCGAUAUUUGUUGUCAGCAAGUCCUCCCACCGAUACACCUAUCUCCGCGAACUCUUCAGAUUCGUGUUUCAAUUCUCCAUUGACGAGGUUGAAACUCGAAGAAACGUCAGCAUCGUCGUUUAG